UAACAUACACACAUGUUUUUAUCAAACGUGAGCUGUCUUUCAGUAUUGACUGUCCGAAAAACACACAUCUGAACUGUCUUUCAGUAUUGAGUGUCAAAAGACACACAAGUGAACCAUUUAUUGUAUUUAUUUAGUGAUAUAUAUUCUGGAUACCCAGAGGGAAGUGAGGAAAAACUAAAUGGGCCUUAAUAUGUUUUGGAUACUUUUAGAACAUGUUUAAAUUAAUAAGUAAAUGUAGAACAAAUGGGUAUUUUUGAUAUUUUAGUCAAUAAGACAUUUUUUUUGCACCGCUCAUCAGGCCCCUGGGGGCACGGACCAUAAAAUUCAUAAUUCUGUUUCACCACAUCCAUGGAAAGAUUCUACAAAAUUACAUUGAAAUUGGCUCAUGGGUUCCUGAGAAAGAGCCGGAAUUUAAAAUGUAUUUAUAGAUUCUUUCAAGAUCUUUCUUAUUUGUGUUAUUCCGAGCUGAUCUUGAAUUUCAUAUUUCUAUAUUUAUUUUGUGUAUUUAUAGACUGGAUUUCCAUGUCAUUUUUAGGUACGGGGUUUCUACAAAUGUCUAUUAAUAAAUCUAAAGCAAGCGUGCAGGUGUGCUUGACUUGGUGAGAGUUUCAGGUAUAGUGAUCAGGGAGGUUUAAAGUUUGAAGAUGGGAGGCGGUAUAUUACAACCGAUGGUCAUUUUAUUAAUGAUCAUCCCAACAACGACAAGACCUAUCCCAAAUGAAGUACCUGUCCAGUGUGGAGAGUUCACGUGUAAUAUAAUGAGGGAGUACUGUUAUCACCAGAAUCAGUGUUUCCCUUGUAGCAGCGAUGUCUGUAACACACCAGACUUUGAACGAGGGAAGCUCGCUCAGUGUUUUUUCUUCUGUCAACGUCUCCAACUAUCAACUUCCCCGGCUCCACCCUAUGUAAAUAACACGCGCUAUCUUGGUCAAGAAGAAGAUGGCUCCCCAACAGAGAGAAAUGCAACAUCCGAGAUAAGACUUGGGACAGUCCAGUUUUUGUUGAUUAUACUUGGAAUUUCCCCCCUCAGUGUGAUAUCUUGGAUGUUGUUAAAAUGGUGUUACAACAAACACAAAAACAAACAGAACAACAACAACAACAACAACAACAGGAAAGACUCCCCUAUUUCGUCUCCACAAGACAAGCACUCCGGUAGCACAAACCCUGCAGACAGUUACAGUAUGCUUAUAUCAGCAACUGAAGGUACACAACGACCAGAAAUUGUUUAGUAAAUCCAAAGAUGUUUCUCGUCUCGGUAAUAUCUGUCUUAGUUAUGAUGAAGGAAAUGUCAUGUAAUUCCUUGUUAUUAAUAUCUAUCUUAGUAUAUCUGUUCUGGCUAUGCAGUGUUUGCUCUGAUAAUUAACCUUGAUUUUAUUUUUAUUUGAUAUCCCUUCGAGCCAUCCAUGUACAUUUCACCAUAUCGGUACGCACGAUCUCAACAGACAAUACCAAAACGUCACAAUAACGCUGUAUAAACAUACCAACACAUACUCCACCUAGAUCUCCGUUAUAAAUCAAAAACCAAGGUAACCACCGUAUACUCUACCUAGAUCUCGGUUAUAAAUUAAACAUCAAGGUAACCACCGUAUACUCUACCUAGAUCUCGGUUAUAAAUUAAACAUCAAGGUUAUCACCGUAUACUCUACCUAGAUAUCGGUUAUAAAUUAAACAUCAAGGUUAUCACCGUAUACUCUACCUAGAUAUCGGUUAUAAAUUAAACAACAAGGUAACCACCGUAUACUUUACCUAGAUCUCGGUUAUAAAUUAAACAUCAAGGUAACCACCGUAUACUCUACCUAGAUCUCGGUUAUAAAUUAAACAACAAGGUAACCACCGUAUACUCUACCUAGAUCUCGGUUAUAAAUUAAACAUCAAGGUUAUCACCGUAUACUCUACCUAGAUAUCGGUUAUAAAUUAAACAUCAAGGUAACCACCGUAUACUUUACCUAGAUAUCGGUUAUAAAUUAAACAUCAAGGUAACCACCGUAUACUUUACCUAGAUAUCGGUUAUAAAUUAAACAUCAAGGUAACCACCGUAUACUCUACCUAGAUCUCGGUUAUAAAUUAAACAACAAGGUAACCACCGUAUACUUUACCUAGAUCUCGGUUAUAAAUUAAACAUCAAGGUAACCACCUAGAUCUCGGUUAUAAAUUAAACAUUAUGGUAACCACCCUAUACUCAAAUCAAAUAAAAUUUUAUGGUAAUAUAGGUGACAAUCCUAUUGUUACUUGCAAUGUUUUUGUUUCUGACAACUCAAUUGUUACUGACAAUGCUAUUGUUACUGAAAACGCAAUUAUACUUACUGACAAUGCUAUUGUUACUGACAAUGCUAUUGUUACUGAAAACGCAAUUGUUACUGACAAUGCUAUUGUUACUGACAAUGCUAUUGUUACUGAAAACGCAUUUUUUACUGGCAAUGCUAUUGUUAUUGACAAUGCUAUUGUUACUGGCAAUGCUAUUGUUACUGACAAUGCUAUUGUUACUGACAAUGCUAUUGUUACUGAAAACGCAAUUGUUACUGACAAUGCUAUUGUUACUGAAAACGCAUUUUUUACUGGCAAUGCUAUUGUUAUUGACAAUGCUAUUGUUAUUGACAAUGCUAUUGUUACUGACAAUGCUAUUGUUACUGAAAACGCAAUUGUUACUGACAAUGCUAUUGUUACUGACAAUGCUAUUGUUACUGAAAACGCAUUUUUUACUGGCAAUGCUAUUGUUAUUGACAAGGCUAUUGUUAUUGACAAUGCUAUUGUUAUUGACAAUGCUAUUGUUACUGACAAUAGGUGAUAUUGUCACAGUUAUAUCAACUAUACUCUGCAUGGAGGUAUGAUGGUUUGGUAUGAAUUCUGUAUAGACCGUGUGUACAUCACAUAUUGCGGUAUGUGUGGACAUUAUAUUCGACAUAGGUUUUAUAUGUCGUACACAAUGUCAUUUUUGUCACUUUGAUUGUUUACUUUUCUUCAGUUUGCACAUGAAAUUACUUUAUUUGAUAUUCAUUUUUUGUGUUUUUUAUUUGUAGUAAAUAUAUAUCACAGGAAUAAGAAUGCUCCAGAUUUUAUUUCUAGAAUAAUCACAGUUAUACGUUUAUAAUAAUGUUGAUAGAAGGAUCAUUUAGUCAAGGUAAAUUAAAUUAUUUUGGAAUAAUUUGCAUUGGUAUUUCGUAAUAGGAAAAAAAUCUUAUUAAUAAUUUUAGAUAACAUGUAUUUAUCUAAGGUGAAUAAAACAAAUUAUUUCUAUAUUGUAAACAUCCAUUUUGUAGAAAGAAGAAGCUUAUCUAUCUUACAAUGCAACUUGAUAUAUAUGGAGUAUUUUUAGUCAUCUCAUAGAUGUGUAGUAAGGCAUUUGUUUUGUUCAUUUCAUGUUCGUUAUAUAAAGUGAGGCUAUGUGUAGUCCAUUGACUGAACAUUUGGUAAUUUACACUAAAAACCACGAUCAAAACACAAGUAUUUGUAUACAAAAGGAUUAGUACAUGAAAGCUUGAUUGUUUCCUAAAGUAUCUUGUAAACCAACGUAAUCAUGAAAUUUUAGGCCCUCAUUGUUCAAAUGUCAUUAAAAUUUGCAAUCAAUAUAGCACAUUUAUUAAUUGAUUAUACCCCAACAUACAGAAAUUAUUUUGAGUUUAGAAUUUAGAUUUAUCGAGUAACAUCUGAAAAGUUUGUUCAGUCUACACUCAUAGUUGAUGAUCAACUGUCAUAAUCAUGGUCGCAAAUCUAACAAACAUCAAAACACAAAACAUUGAAAAUCGAAAAGAAUCAUUCGGCGACGACAAUAAGAAAUACAGAGAAAUAAUGGAAUACAUCGAAAUUAAAACAAUUUUGGAAUACACAUGUUGAUCAUGCUUUGAACAGUUGGUCGUGAGCGUCCAUCGCCUCGCUUAAAGCACUACUUGUAAGGGUCGGUGCUGUCUAAUGUAGGCAUAUGAUCAACCUGGUAACCUGGAUAUUCUAUGGAUAGUUACGUAUGGUGCGACAAAACUGAUACAAACUAUGAAAAAUUUAAUAUUUGAUAAAGUUACUUGCGAUCAAUUAUAAAGAUUGGAAAUAUGAUAUUAAAAUUGUCGACAUCAUAUUCAAUUGGACACAAUGGGAACGCACGAGAGGUCUUACAGUGUGACAGCGAACCCAGAGAAAACCUUAGGGGUCAGGCAAGUGACCACAUAUAGUUUUGUCCAUUUCACGUCCGAUCAGGGAUUCGGUCCACGAAAUGCAAUCGUGUUUGCAGUUGCGCCACUUGACCACCACACAGCUUAUUGACGGCGCCAUUAUAUCAUUGACGGCGCCAUUACAGCAUUGACGAUGUCAUUAUAUAAUGGACGGCGACAUUACAUCAUUGACGGUGACAAUACAUCAUUGACGGUGACAUUACAUCAUUGACGGUGACAUUACAUCAUUGACGGUGACAUUACAUCAUUGACGGCGCCAUAACAUCAUUGACGGUUACAUUACAUCAUUGACGGUGACAUUACAUCAUUGACGAGGCCAUCAUAUCAUUGACGCCGACAUUGCAUCAUUGAAGGUGUCAUUACAUCAUUGGUGUCAUUACAUCAUUGACGGCGUCAUUCCAUCAUUUACGGCGCCAUUUAUAUAAUUGACGGUGACAUUACAUCAUUGACGGCGCCAUUAUAUAUCAAUGACGGCAUCAUAUCAUUGGCUGUUUCGCACCGUAGCUAACUAUUAAAAGAGUAUCCAAUUUAUUAGGAUUGAAAUGUCUACUUAUAAAAUAAAUAAGUUUAAAACCAAAAACGUUCCACUAUGGUCAGAUUACCGGUUUUCCCGUCAUCUGAUCUGGAUGGGUUUUGUUGGUGCCAAUAUUCGGAUGGCUGCAAAGGGAUUUUAUUUAAGUAUCUACUUCUGUACAUAUUAUAUCACAUAAAUAUUGUUCAUUUUAUAUGAAUGUUACUAAAUACUUUGUGUAUGUGACAUCUGAAAUAUAUCCAUUACUGUUGAAAUAAUAACGAUAGUAAAUAAGUAGAGGCUUUGAUGAUAGCGUCCCUGGUUACAAGUCAGUACAUUCGUUUCGAACAACUGCUUAGCAAAUAUAUUUCACAUUGCACAUACACCUAACUGAUACUGCAUUUAAAGCCUUACAUGUGUACCUGUAUACACAUGCACUAUUUCACACAGCCAUAUCGAGCUACAAAGUUUUGUUUGACUAAACAGUCGGCGGUAACCCCGCUGAUGGGUCAGACAAGGUCGGUUGAAUAAUCCGAACACGUCGGUGUCUCGGUAAAUGUGUUGUGAUAGUUAUGUAAAUUUACGUUAUGUACAAAGGCAAUUUUAAGAAUACAUGUAUGUGAAUCACUGCGUUUACAAUAUUAUAAACAAAGAUAAUGUUUAAGAAUAUGUGAAUCACUGCUUGUAUAAAUGUGACUUCUUGUUCCACACAAAGUGUGGCUGAGUCAAAAUAAAAUCGUGAAUUCGUUAGUACUCUUGGUGGAGUAGGAGUACAUGUAUAAUAUAUUUUCUAUUAUACUAACCAAAAGUUGACGACUGUCAUUACAUGUAGGUUGAAUUUGAAUAAAUAUUAUCGCUUA